GCAAACAGUAACCACUUGACAUCAAUCGCAUCUACAACAAAGGACGUUUCGCCAAACACUGCCCAUCGCUUUACCGAUAACACACGCACGCGAAAACAUGGCUAUCGACAAAAUAGUGACAGACACGAGGCUCUGCGCCGUCCUGCAGAUUGCCGACCAGGCACGCGAUCAAGCCAGUGCCCUCAUCAACCUCGGCGAACAAACAUACAGCCAAGGACCUGCAUCAGACGAGGCGCAAGAUGAGUUAUUCAAGCAGCAACGGCUCCUUUUCACCACUGUGGCCCAUUUGAAAGGAUUGCACCGAAAUGCCUGCUUCACAGCCCGCGAGACGAAAGGUCAGACUGCCGAGUCGCGUCAGGAAGUCGAUCGCCUGCAUCUCCAACUUCAAAAUCUUUACUACGAGCAACGGCAUCUUCAGGGAGAGAUUACUGCCUGCGAUUCUUACGACCACAAAUACCAGCAAUUGCCUCUGAUCCCCGUGGAAGAGUUCCUAGCACAGCACCCCGAGCAUCAAGAUGACGACGAGAACACUCUGAUGGUGGCGCGCAUCGACCACGAGCGAGCCGAGCGUGAAGCGCUUGAGCAACAACGACAGGAGCUCCUCAAGCGAAAGCAGAAACUCAUUGCGGAUAACAAACGACGAAAGGACGACUUGGCUAACCUUGACAAUGAUCUCGAAAAGUUUAUUGAUGCUGCCAAGCCAAUUCAGAAACUCUUCGAAAAGGCACCUUGAGAGGUGGUUUUGUACGAUUAAUAAAACCACUCGAUCGCCGGUUUUACAUUCUCAUGUUGAGCUAAGGACUCGACUCGGCCUAGAAACAGGCAUUGAAAUUCAGGAGUCGAGGCAAAUUGACGUCACGGCAGGAUGAUACACAGCGGGAGUACGGCGUUUAUGCUUACAGACGGGAUCGGAACAAGAAGCGGAUGAUUUCCCUAGACGAUAGACUUCGGAAAAUCUCUUUGUAUACAAGAUACCACUUGGAAAGACACCAAUGA